AAAGGAUCAGCUUACGCCUUGGAAAGGCAUCCAAAGCCGAAAAAAGGGUUCCCGAAAUGCGGGAACUUUUGUUGAAAUGCGAAAUCCGAAGCAGAUGACUUUAUUUGUAAUCGCCUGUCGCCAUCACUAAAUGUUGUGUUCUUGUGAAUGCUGCUGGUUCAAUUCUCCAAUUCCUCUUGUUUUAUCGCUCUGAAGCUGUAGCCUCUAGCUUAAGCCUCCAAGGCACUCGCUGUUACAACAUCAUCAUGGGUGGCGGUCUCGAUCUCUCCAAGCGAGUUCGUCUCCGCGAACUCCUGCCUGAGCUGUACUUGGGCAGAUGGCAGCCAGGUCAUCUAAACUCCAUCACCGAUGUCCCAGGUGUCCUCGUUCACACCGAGUCAAUCCAGCCUGACCAGGAUGUCAACACUGGAGUCACCACUAUUCUUCCUCGAGCAGACUGGUUCAACUACUCAUGUCAUGCUGCCAUCUUCAAGUUUAAUGGUUCUGGGGAGAUGACAGGCUCUCACUGGAUUGAGGAGUCGGGCACAUUAACUUCACCGAUCAUUCUGACAACAAACUCAUCGAUCGGAGAUGCCUUUCGAGGCGUGUAUGAUUAUGCGACCAAGUAUCAUGCAACUAAGGAGGGAGAUGUGAACCUAUUUGCGUUCCCUGUCGUGACUGAGACAUACGAUGGAUACCUCAACAAGCAAAGCCGCUUUGCAUUGACUCCAGAUCACGUUGUCCGGGGUAUUCGCAAUGCGUCUGCUGAUGCGGUACCCGAAGGCUGCACUGGAGGCGGCACGGGAAUGAUAUGCCAUCGGUUCAAGGGAGGUACGGGGUCCAGCAGCCGUAUUGUACCUGGAAUAGACAGCAAAGGAAACUCGAAGGACUACACUGUUGGUGUACUCGUUCAAGCCAACUAUGGGCUCAAGGAAGACCUUCACAUUGGCGGUGUUCCGGUUGGAAGAAUUCUGAUAUCAGAAGCUCAAUCGCCUUCGUCGUCGGAAGCGCCCGCGAUUCACGGCCCUCACGUCGACGGCAGCAUCAUUAUCAUCAUUGCUACAGACAUUCCCCUGCUCCCAGUUCAACUUCAGCGACUUGCCAAGCGCGCGACCGUAGGACUGUCACGCGUCGGCGGCUAUGGCAGCAACGGUUCAGGCGACAUCUUCUUAGCCUUCUCUACAGCUGCCAAGAUCCUCAUGCAACACCUUGAAGGCGGAGAUCUGGAACCCUUCAAACCUACGUCUUUCGAGGUUGGGACUGUGCACAAUGAGACGAUCAACGGCGCGUUUGAGGCCGUUGCUGACGCGACUGAGGAAGCCAUUUGUAAUGCUCUAUGCAUGGCGGAAACUAUGACUGGAUACAAAGGACGCACUGUCGAGGCAUUGGAUCUCAAUAAGGUCAGAGAGAUAGUCACGAAGAGACUGUGAAAAGGUACCAAGGUUGGGUGCUCGGUCAUUCCGCUACACGCGACAGGGAUAAUCCACGACAAAGCCACGAACGUAGAGACCUGACUAAUUCAGGAAGAAGCCAUCUCGAUACAAUAGAACUAAGGUCGAGGUCAGUUUAAAAUUCUACGCGUUUGAACUGUCUUUUGUUCUGCUUGAGUCCGA